CUGAUUUGUGUACUUGUGUUUGAAAUUGUCUCUAUCAAGACAUGUUUAAUGUGUGUUUUGUGUGUGUUUUGAAUCAACUAAACUUUAUAGCACUUCACAGAAACCUCCAGCACCGACUUCUGUAGCUCCCAACUCUGCCUCCAUCCAAAGGCCUCCAGCCCUAAAACAAUUUCUCUGCUCAUCUGAUUAUAAUUGACAGUCAAUUUCCGGAUAUGUAGGGCAGUAGUGUGUAACUUACACUGCACUAUCAGCUGAGCGACACAGCUUAUCAAUUUGUUUCUUCUGUGUGGACCCACCCUGUACCAGCUGCAGGGCAUUGGGUUUGAUAAGCCAUAGAAUCGCCAAGUAUGGCCUGGCAGCAGAACAUGAUGUUGGUAAUUAUGUUGGAAAGUUUUCAAUAAAUCUAUUAGGCCCUACUACCUGAUUGCAGAGCCUGGAUUUGAAUUCUGAUUGAACUGGGACUGCUUGCUCUCUGCACGGUUGAACAUUUUAAGCAGAGAUCAACAACAUGUGCGCACAAACACGGAUGAUCAGUUUGAAGCCGUAGUUAAUAAAUAUAUUGCUAUUUGCUCCAGAGAAAUUUUUGCAAGACCCUGAGGUCAGAUAUGAAAAUACAUGCUGCCUUAUGCUUUGACUUGUUCGUAUACAAGCAUGCGACAGCAAAUUUCUAUUUUGCCCACAAUUAUUAUGAUGAUGAGCAUGCAAUUUUGCGUUUAUCUCGUGCCCGCUGCUUGGUGGACCGCCUUACAGCAGCCUAUCUCGGAGGUUGUCCUGGGUGUGCCCAUUCUCUGCUCCAAGCAUAAAACCCCCGCGGUUUAAGCGGAUCACAGCAGUAAACGCGAGUAAAAUAAAGAGUCAAGAUGGCCAGUCUCUCUGCAAAGGACAAGGACAGAGUCAGAGCUUUCUGGGCUAAGGUAGCUCCGAAGUCUGAGGACAUCGGGGCCGAAGCUCUGGCCAGGAUGCUGACGGUGUACCCGCAGACCAAGACUUACUUUGCUCACUGGAAGGACCAGAGCCCGACCUCUGCCUCUGCCAAGAAGCACGGAAUUACUGUGAUGAAUGGGAUUGGAGAUGCUGUGAGCAAAAUCGACGACCUGAAAGGAGGUCUUCUGACCCUCAGUGAGCUGCACGCCUUCACUCUGCGUGUGGACCCUGCCAACUUCAAGAUCAUCUCCCACUGCAUCCUUGUGGUCCUGGCCAUCAUGUAUCCCACCGACUUCACCCCUGAGGUCCAUGUGUCUCUGGACAAGUUCCUGGCUUGUCUGGCCCAGGCCCUGGCUGAGAAAUACCGAUAAACAG